AUGACCUGGUGGUCCAGGCUGGAAUUGGAUUCGCGGACUGUGCUUAUGAUGCUAAAGGGCGCAUUGAUUCCGACCCUUGUGAUUGCCAUAUAUCAAACUGAUGCCAUCUCUAAUAUCACCACUACUAUUGGCUACCUAUCCGCCUUGAUGUCAAUUGUUGCUCAAGGUCUGAUGCCGCGAGCCAAAUUCAUGAAGAUCAUGUUCUUCGAUCUGGUCUCCACCUGUGUAUCUGCUUCUCUUUGCUGUCUUACUGUGUUCUGCUCUGUCAAAGCCAGAGAGCACAACACGCCCGCCAAUGCCAGCGAGAGUGUCCGAAACGGGUACAACAGCGAUGCCUGUGCCGUGGCCGCAGUGUGGCUGAUUUUCAUGAUAUGGGCUGCAAAUUCACUUCGUGCCUUGCGACCUAUGGAGCUCCAGGACCCUAUGGUUGCUUUCUCCAUUUUUGCCUCGGUCACCAUCACCCGCGCGGGCAUGUUUACCACACUCGCCGAAGGACUCGAUUUCAUAUCUCGACUGCUCAAGGGGUUUAUGAUUGGGUUCGCGGUUGCAACAGGUGUGUCGUUGCUCAUCUUACCAAUCACUAGUCGAGGCAACGUCUUCCACGACAUCAAGGGCUACGUGACAUCCGUCGAAGGGGUGCUGCAGUCCCAAGUAUCAUUUGUGGAAGACAGCUCCACCACUGGACUGUUGAUGGGAAGGGGCCUGCUUCGUCGAGCACGGACUGCGAUGAGUACGAGGGACAUGCAGAUCGAGGGCGAGCCAGAGGUGGUGGAAUCCAAACAAAAGCACUUGCAGGCAUCCAUGGCGAAGCUCAACGGGCUGCAUAGUAAGCUCCAUGCUGAUCUGUUCUACUCCAAGGAUGAACUCGCAUGGGGGAAAUUGUCAGCCGAAGAUCUCAACGCUAUUGCCUCGCUCUUUAGGAGUCUGCUGCUUCCGCUCUCUGGAAUGUCCAUGCUGCCGGAAAUCCUGGAGAUGAUUGUCAAGAAUGAAGGUCCACACGAUUUAUGUGAUGACGACGACGAGGACAACGGUGUGGAUGACGAAAGGGGCCUCAAACAUUCGGAGAUCCAAAAAGUGGCGCAAACCCUGCAUGAACGCUUGCUCAGCUCCUCUGAUCUUGUCAAGCUGGGGCUCCACUAUUUUCUCUUGUCCCUGGAGCUUAUCAAGCCUAAGCAUUUGGACAAGCAAAAGAAGAAUAGCAAGGGUGGAGUACAGGCCAAAGAUGAGGAAGCAAGGGGUGAGACACUCAGCCCACUGGAGCCCGAUUUUGUGGAGAGGUACGAGUAUGAGCUGCGCAACUAUUACUCGCGUUGGAAACACCUGCCUGAGGCGCUCGCGUCUCUUGAGGCAUUUUCAGCCUCUGAGAAACCCAUCCCUAAGGAGUCCGGCUCGCGGGUUAUUGCCGCGGAUCGCGAUGUGCGCCAGGAAUUCUUCCUCAUUCUGUACAUGGACCAUCUGCAGGAUGAUCUGCUUAACGCGACGCUGCAGCUUGUGCAGUUUGCAGCUAGCAAAAUUGCCGAUGGGACGAUGAAACAUGGCCGAUUGAUCUUCCCCAAGCAGAAAUCCAUUCGCGAGUGGUUCUCUCUUAGCACUGACAAGAAAGCUGCCGAUGCGGAACCGGAUCGUCGUCAACCUUCGCAUGUGGAUCCCUCGAUGAUCCAGCGUUCACAGCAUGACGCUGCCUUUCCGGACCCCGAACACCUGCCGCCCGCGAACGUCUUCGAAAAAUUGAGCGUGGGACUGCGAGCUGUCUCUCAUAUGAUCAAAUCCGACCAGAGUAGCUUUGGUUUGCGGGUGGCAGCCGCAUCAUUCUCGGUUGGGAUUCUGGCAUUUCUUCACCAAACCCAAGACUUUUUUAUACGGCAACGAUGUAUCUGGGCCAUGAUUGUCAUUGUGAUCGGCAUGAACCCGACCAGCGGACAGACCAUGUUUGGCUUCGUGGCGCGCAUAGUGGCGACGGCGAUAUCGCUCGUUCUCAGCUUGAUCGUUUGGUAUAUAGUUGAUGGCAAGACGGCUGGAGUGAUUAUUUUCCUGUAUCUUGCCAAUGUGUUCGAGUAUUACUUUUAUGUCAAGGUGCCGCAAUACUUUGGCCCAUCUGUCAUUUCCAUCGUCACCUUGAAUGUGAUUGUUGGUUAUGAGCUGCAGGUUCGCAAACUCGGCUUCGAUGAGGCCACCUCCAACGGCCAGCCGUACUACCCAAUCUACCUAUUCGGCCCUUACAAACUGGCAGCGGUGGCAGCAGGCUGCGCUAUCUCAUUUUUCUGGGUGAUCUUCCCGUAUCCCAUUACUGCAAAAUCUCAAUUACGGAAGCUACUCGGCCGGAGUCUGUUUGUACUCGCCAAGUUCUACAGCUGCAUGCACGCGACGAUCGAGUGCUGGCUCAGUGACGAGCUAGGCGACCUCCAAGACACUCACUCGCCCGCACACAAACUCCAAGCUUCGCGGCACAAGAUCUUCAAGGAGGAAAUGAUGCUCUUGACUGCUCUGCGCAUGCACAGCCAUUUCAGCACCUACGAACCUCCGAUCGGCGGCAAGUUCCCCAAGCAGGUUUAUGACAAUAUCAUUGCGGAGAUCCAGCGCAUUCUGACAAGCAUGUCCCUGAUGGCGCAUACAACGCAGAAGCUCGAUGCCUUAUCGGUGGACUCGGAGCCCUCGGAGCACGAGAGUGACAGUCAGUGGAUGGCGCAGCUUGCAGAGAUUGCCUUGAAAUCGGCAGACUUCAACUCCCACCGGAUUACUUCGUUGCUGUGCCACUUAUCCGCCGCGAUCAUGAAUGCCCAACCCCUGCCGCCGUACUUGACUACUCCAGACUCCUUUCCUCUUGCGCGCCAGAUGCAGAGGAUUGAUGGUGAGCUGUUGAAUAUUCGACAUGUGGAGGAUCCGGCGUUCUCGGCGUUCGUAUCGCUGGAGGUGCUUCGGUCGGUUGUUAGCUUCAGCUUGCAGGAGCUGCUUGAUAACGUAAGGAAGCUGGUCGGUGAGCUGAACUUUGACUUCUCUUUCCGACAGACACAGCAGUAUGCCGAGUCGGCGCGACUGAUGUCGGGCUCACAUGGGGAGGCGGAAGAGGAGAGAUAG